AUCUCGUAAUAUGACCCCUUUAAGCAUGGAGUUUAGCUGUUCAGACUAUGCCCAACAGAUGGCAACAGAUCUCCAAGCCAUAGCAGUGCUGUUCGAGCACAGGUUUAAACCAUCAGCUGUAUAUGAUAUACUGUAUAUCACAGUAUUAACUCUCAACAUCAGCUCUCAAUGCUGGACACUUUAGAGUCAUUAGACAUCAAGUGCUAUUCAAAUGAAUGAAAAUGCAGUUGGCAUCUAGCUCAGCAGCAUUUUAUGCUAAUGACAGCCGGGAUUGAAGGACCCUCUGUUCUGGCCCGGGGUCACUGUACUUUGGAAAAUAGGGAUGGAGUAGGGGGGCAGGAUCCGGCCAAUAAAAUUGUCUGAUUAUAUUUUCAGCAUAAAGCAGUGGCUUUGUGUGAUAGCCUUUGCAACCAUGCCUUACAUACACACAGUGGAAACGUAUGAGAUUUUUCCUAUAAGGGAUCCUGAUAAAAAUUCUUAGGGAAAACUGUGCAAUUUCCUUAGAUAGAUUCUAGAGAUGAAGAUGAUAAGCAAACACUUUGGCAUAAUCUCAAAAUGGCCAGAUAUCACUUGUGGAAACUCCUAUAGAAUUGUAAAGGUUAUCACAGGAUUUAACCUGAAAUCUGCAAAUAUCGUCACAGGGAAAUAUCGAUAUCCGCGAUAUUUUCCCGUUAAUAUAUUGCCAAAAUAUAAUUUGACAUGCAGAGUUUAUUUCUUUAGCAGUUUAGUGUUAUAAAGAGUUUUGUAGUGUGUGUGGUCCCGCAAUGAUAAACAUCUUACUGUAAACACAAAUAUAAAUCCUAAAAACUAACAAACCACGCGUGUUUGGGUAGCAUAAGGGCCCCACAAACAUUGUUUAGUGGCCAAAGCUCUGAAUAGCCCCGGUUUGGUUGUUUGCCUUCACCCAACGACCUUUGAUGAUGCGACAGUAACCCAUCUGUAUUGAAUGUGUCUCUGACUGCGUCUUUUGUCCUGUUUGAUUUUUUAAUUGGCGCCGCGGCUCUUUGAUCACGCGGAUGAAGUGAAGACGCAAUAUUCUUGAAUUGCCAUUGGAGUCCACGGGAAAAAACCUAACUGUGCGUUACAGGAUACUGUUGAACCAAUCGAUUAAAAGUUCUUGUUUAAACAGUUAAUACACUGUAUAAUGAACGGUAUCUGUUUCUCUUAAACUUGCUUUCUGGCUGAAUCCCAAAAUACUGAUACCGCAAAUCCAUCUAUCCAUGAACUAAUCCAAGAGAAAUACGCACAAGGUGGCGGAUAUUCCCAUUCAGAGGACACGCCCUCUGACAACUUCAACUGUAGCCUAUUUCCCACGGUGAUGCUUAGUUAGGCAGAAGUGCGCAUAUCAUCGCGUAUCAUGGCUGUUUUCUGCGCAAUUUUACUUCACUUUCAUCAGAGGUUAUAAAGUGUCGCUUCGCCGAAGUAAUCGGAAGAGCCCAGUCGUGCGCGCGCGCGGAGGUUACGCGGGGAUAAAGAAACGCGAUUUCAGUGGGUGGGAAAGUAAAUGGGAUGAAAGCUCAGGUCAGUGAGGCAGCAGGUCGGACAUUCAAAGCUUCUUAAGUGUAGCAGGUGGAAGAAGGAAGAUCUAGAGGAGGAGGAGGAGGAGGCGAACCCACCCUGGACUCCGCACGGAGCCUGGAAAGCACCGGUGUGCGAGACAGAUAGGUGGUCGUAUCAUCUACCUGUGCACCGCUUACCAAAUUUAUUUAGCACAUUUUCACGCAGUUCUCCUGAAGGAUGGAAGGAUUAACAGUUUAAAUAAGCGGCAGUAAGUAGGAGAGGCUGUUCCGUGCGCGCAGAAGUCAGCAAAUGUCUGCUAUGAGAAUGGAUAGGGACCGAAAGAGUUGGCACUCUUGGGAUAACAAAUCGAGUAUGGACAGAAGGAGUGAUGGUAGGAUGAUAAAGGAUGUAGAGCGCGGACAACAAUGGACCGUGAUUUUUCUGGUGUCACUCGCUCUGCAGCCGCAGGUGACGUGUGCAGUGGGCACUUUUGAGGUGCAGAUCCGACAAUGGCUGAACCCUCAUGGCUUUCUACAGAGUGGUCAGUGCUGUGACCCCCAGGCCAGCGGGGGGCAGCGCUGUUCAUCAGGGGAUCAGUGCGACACCUUUUUCAAAGCUUGUCUGAAGGAGUACCAGGCUCGAGUUUCACCUACUGGGACUUGUAACUACGGUACCAGCAGCACAGCUGUACUGGGUGGCAACUCCCACACCUUACAUCACCAUGGGAAUGAGGGAACCAACAGCAGAAAUGGGCGAAUUCUCAUCCCGUUUAAAUACGCAUGGCCAAAAUCGUUUUCGCUUGUGAUUGAGGCACUGGACCAUGACAAUGAAACAUCACAGACAGGUCGUGAAGAAUUAAUAGAACGAGUGUUGAUUUCCUCCAUGCUGAACCCAGGGGAAAAGUGGCAGUCAUUCCACCAUCACGGCCAGACGUUCACUCUUGAAUACCGUCUGCGGUUCCGAUGCGAUACUAAUUACUACGGGCCGUUCUGCAACAAGCUCUGCCGUGCACGCGAUGACUUUUUCGGCCAUUUCGACUGCGAUCCUUCCGGUAGCAAAGUGUGUAAGGAGGGCUGGAAUGGACCGGAGUGCACCCAUGCGGUGUGCAAGCAGGGAUGUCAUCUGGAUCACGGCACUUGUGAUCUGCCUGGAGAUUGCAAGUGUAAUUAUGGCUGGAAAGGGGAACUGUGUGAUGAGUGCGAGACAUUUCCCGGAUGUGAUCAUGGCACUUGCACUGAACCCUGGAAGUGUGUUUGUGACACAAAUUGGGGCGGCCUGCUCUGCGACAAAGAUCUAAAUUAUUGUGGUAAUCAUCAACCGUGUAAGAAUGGUGGUACUUGUACGAACACCGAACCCAACGAGUACUUGUGUGUGUGUCAGGAAGGUUUCCAUGGCCGCAAAUGUGACAUUGUGGAGCAUGCAUGUCUCUCUUCUCCAUGUGAGAAUGGUGGAACAUGUAUUGAAGACCCAACAGGAUUCAGCUGUGUGUGCAUGCAGGGUUGGACAGGACCCACCUGUGCCGCUGCAGUGUUGCAUUGUGACUCCAGUCCUUGUGGGCGUGGGGCUACGUGUCAAGAGACGCCUCAGGGUUUCCAGUGUCUGUGUCCUCCGUUCUGGACCGGAAGAACCUGCCAGCUCGACACUAAUGAAUGUGAGACUGGUGUGUGUGUCAAUGCCCGCUCUUGCCGUAAUCUGAUUGGGGGAUAUUUGUGUGACUGCCUUUCUGGUUGGUCGGGGCCAAAUUGUGACAUCUGGAACAGUAGCUGCCAGGGUUUGUGUCUGAAUGGAGGACGCUGUGAGGGCUCUCAGUGCGUAUGUUUGCCGGGUUUCUCUGGUAAACACUGUCACGUGGUGCUGAAUGCCUGUGACAGCAACCCUUGUCUGAAUGGUGGGCACUGUAAGGAGCAUCAAGGUGGCAGAGGCAUCUUCUGUAGCUGUCAGAUCGGAUACACUGGCGCCCAUUGUGAAUCUGUGCUGGAUCUUUGCAAUCCCACCCCCUGCCCAAAGGGGGUACCGUGUCGCAGUACAGAAGGAGGCUACUUGUGUGUCUGUCCCGAAGGUUACUUUGGAAACGAGUGCAUGAGCCUUAAGGAUUCAUGUCAUGAACCCCACUGCAAAGGUGCAAUGUCAGAUCCAGGUGAAAAUAGGUUUAGUAUAUAUAUGGUGUUGGUGAGCGUAUUUGCUCUGCUCGUCGCAGGCGGCUGUUCUGUGUGUGCGCUCCUGCUCUCCCGUCUGCACCACCGCAAUCGAACCAAAGAGCAGCUACGUACUUCAGCAACAGAGGACAACGCCAUUAACAACCAGCGGCAGUUCUGCACUCUCAUCCGUAACCUCGACCACAGCGUGGCUGUCCUUCCUCCAACACAAACAGGGCCCACCUCAAUGCUCUCUGUGCCUGCACACUGCAGUGAAGAGAUUGAACUUACUCUCCCUCCGUCGCCCGCCCCAUCCCCAGCUCUGAAACCAGCCCACGGGCCAAAACUGGACAUCUGCAACCGCGAGCGGGAGAAACUAAAUCGUUUCCACUAUGCAGACAACCAGGAACUUGAGGUGUGACCAUUCCUUGACCGCUGGGAGGGACUCUUGACUUCCUGGAGGAUUGUGCUCUGAUUUGGUUGAUUUUUGUUAAUCAACCUCUGCUGUAGAACCUUGACCUCUGAGAUUUACUUUAUAAAGACCAGAGACGGUUCCAACUGAGAAGAUAAUAUUGGCACGGGACCAAUCCAUUGUCAACUGAAGUCACUAUAUUGACAGGUCAACAGGAGUUUAGGACAGCGGGAUGAUUUAAAGGCCAGUCGUUCACCUUUAUUGUUGGAUAUUUAAGUGUAUUUUAUUAUGUUUACAAUUGUGCCCUUUAUAUUCGUACACAUUUGUUUGUUUGUAAGUAUGUGUGCAUUUGUGAGCGUGUAACAGAGAUGGAGUCUUGAUCUUGUGGGGGCUCAUACUGUGUAGAAAGCAUCCUAAAUUUGAUCGUACGAUAAUCUUUUAAAAGCGCGUACGUGCGAUUCAUGGAACGAAUGUACGCACAGAAAACGAGCAUGCGUCUCACUUUCAGAUCAGGAUGUGAAAUCUAUAAAUCGCAAAUGAUCUUGAAAUUGUAAGCCUUUAAACAAUGCUUAAUUAAUGUCAUUGACAUAUAAAAAAGUUAAACACCUGUCAAUGUUUAAAUCCUUUUUGAGCAGCAAGAAUGUCUUCCGAAAACCUGGAGGAAUUGGAAAAGCAAAAGUGCGUACGUCUGCUUAAACCCUGACGAACUUUUUAUAAAUAGAAACGUUGCCGUGGAUUUUUGCGUAUGCACACUCUACGAUCAAAUCUAGGCGUACGCAUUUUUUAUGAACUUGAGACCUUUUGAGAAAAUAAACGGAUUGGUUGGAGUCUUAAGCUUGAAGUAUUGUUUGUUUUUUACGUGGCCGCGAACGUACGCGCAUGGUCGAACGCACAGCAAUGCAAAGCAUAGAUUAUUUGUACGUGAAUGCAGACAUUUGGCGCAUUGUGACAAUACAAUGCAUCUCCUGGGCUAUAUACUACUUUUUUACAGUGCAAUUCUGAUGUCAAAAUUUGUGUCAUGCACUUUGUACGUGGACCCUCUUGUAAAAAUGGGACUAUACUUCUAGCUUUAGUAGUACAUUUCUUUGGUCUGGAUCUGUGUCGCUUCAAGUUUGGUGUCUUGAUCUGGAUUCGGAUGUAGUUUAAUGGUCUUAAAUAUGACAAGUCACCCCUGACCUAAAUAAAAAAUAGCUAGAAAUUAAUUUAAUUUUGCCAAAAUUGCCUUAUUUGUAUAUAAGGAUUCUUUAAAAGUUGUUGAUAAAUAUUAUAUGUUCUUAAAUCAUAUUUAGCUUCAACUGGAACUAAUAUGAAAGCCUUUAUUAUUAUCACUUAGGACAUUUUUUAUUCAUCCUCAGUGCACUGUAGCUCUUCUGUCUGUCAACAAAAUAAAUAUUGUGUUGACUGAUAGAUUGUCCUCUGCACACUGAUGUUGAUUUAUUGUGUACUUUUAAAAGCAAACUUAAAUCAACACACAAACAAAAACUAAACUUGUUGAAAUCUUCUACUGAGCUUUGGAAAUUUCACUUCAAAUGUUCAGCCUCAGAACUCCUCAGAAAGCUCAGCAGAUGUCAGAUAUUUGGUACUGCAGUAAAAUAAACCGCAGUAAAUUAAAAAUCUGCAUUUUCUGUUUCAUUUCAUUUCAAACGCUUUUGGACUCAUGAGUCUUUGUAUGGUUUUAGUCUUGAUUGGGGUCUGUAUCUGGAUGGUUUGAUCUUGACUCCAGCUCUGUUGUGUAUCUGUGUGACUGUUUUUGUGGAUGGAUACAUUUGCCAUAAAUUUCCAUAGCCAUGCAAAUCAAAUGUUGGAGCUCCCUGACUUUUAAACAUUUUUAAAGGGGACACAUAAUGAAAAUCAGACUUUUUUCAUGUUUAAGUGCUACAAUUGGGUCCCCAGUGCUUGCGUCAGCCUAGAAAAUGUGAAAAAGAACAACCCAGUAACUUGGUUUUGGUAAACCAUUCUCUGCAAGCAUGUGAAAAUGUGGCUCCCCUUAUGAUGUCAGAAGGGGAUAAUACCGCCCCUUAAUCUGCACUAUCCAACCACGGCACUGUCAUUUAGUGCAGAGAUCAACUCAUUUGCAUUUAAAGGACACACCCAAAACUGCAAAUUUUUGCUCACAUCUACAAAGUGGCAAUGUUGACAUUAUCUAUAUGGUAUUUUGAACUAAAACUUCACAUAUGUACUCUGGGGACCCCAAAUAUUUAUUUGACACCUUAAAAAAUGUCUUGUGAAAUGUCCGCUUUAAGAGAAGUAAACAGUUGAUUUAUGCUAUUAUUGACAUCUGAAUUAUGGAGAAAGAUGACAGCGCAGACUGAUUGACGUCUCUAAAAUUUCUUCAAAUUUUUCCUGUUAUGUUAGAGAUGUAUGAUUUUAUAAUACUUAAAUGUAUAUAGUGCCAUUGUACAUAUUUUGUACAUAUAAUUUGUUUUCCUUUUGUACUCUGGCUCCUUGCAAAAUGUCGCCAUUUUCAUUCGGCAGGUGUUUGCCGCAAGAUCAUAUUGUAAUUAAAGUGCAUUUAUCAACCAAAGCGUAAAUAGCCUGUAUGUGUGUGUGUGUGUGUCUCUGUAUGUGUGAGACAUUUGUAGAGCAUUAGGGUGUAUGUGUGUCAGGCUUGGCAUUAUAUUGUUCUGUAUUGCUGACGUUUUCUACCAUUACAUAAAAUGUAUGGUGAAUAAAAUAUUCGAGG